CGUACCCGUUAAUUUUCACCAGGAUCUACGUCAUACUGACGAAUUUCAUGGAUUUCACAGUUCAACAUUAACAAUUAAACAUCAAACAAUAAUGUCUUGGAUAAUCAUGGCUUUGUGAGGACAAAAGGAGGCGGCACACAAAGUUUCAUCGUUUGCCUAACUGGCAAGAAAUGUGCCUUUUGCAUCUCCCAGCCGUUUCGUAACGAAUACUUCCCCCCGCCCCCACGCAUACACACGUACUUUCUCUUAAAGUAUAAACACAUUACUGUUCACCACUCUCAUCUACCUUGAGCGGCCAUUCAAUAUUGGAUUCGCUUUGUCGGUUGUAGCUAAUGAGUAGUUUUGUGCAGAUGUCAGUUUAAUUCCUGUUGACAUCCAACUUAAGAGUGAGUGUUAUUGUGUUAUGGUACUUGAAUAUUUGUGUUGAAAUGACUGAUGAAAGAGUUCCUUGUUCAGGGCAGGAGUCUGAGAAAAGCAUGGAUGUUGUAAAAUCAGAAGCAAGAAGCCCAGACAAAAGCAGGAUUUUGGAAAACUUUUCAGGAUAUGGAGUUAUUUCUGUAAAGGAAGAACUAUUUCCAGAUUUAUCCACCAUGAAUGAUGUCACUAAAGGUGGUGGUGGUGGUGAUGAGGAUGAUAAUGACGACGAUGAUGAUCAUAGGGAUAUAACAUCACCAUCACUGGAAGAAGCUAACACCUCUACUAUUGAUAUAAAGGAAGAACUAGUCCCAGUGUUAUACACAUUGCCCAUGACUGUAAAGGAAGAACUAGUCCCAGAGUUAUACACAUUGCCCAUAAAUGUUAAGGAAGAAUCAAGAAUUAGCACACCCCCACCUGUUUUCAACAGCAUAGAAGGAGUCACAGCUGUGUGUGGCCGGCUGACACACGGGAGAUUGGACAGGUUUGCCAAACGUCUUGUUGCAGUGAUGACAAAUGCACUUUAGCAUUAAAGUGUGACCCAUCUUUCUGCCAUAGAACCAGCACCCAGCAUUAUGCUACUACCAGUAAUGAUGU